CAGGUACCUCCAGGUCAUCAGUUGCUCGAUGUAAACCAGGAACCAAUUGCCCCACUUCACACAGUGGUAUCAGUAGACAAUUGUCCCCUCUGUCUGUCACCGAAGAUUCUUCUGCUCCUAUUCUUGAACUUCAGAGCCGAGGAUCCUCGGGAGUUUGUGGACAUAGAGUUGAGAGACAGAACAAAUCAGCAGACGAUGGGACACAGACUCAUCCUGAGAACAGCAGCCAAGAAAACAGAAUCAAAGCUCGCUGCUUGUCCUGCACGUCCGUGGUUCUGAAGGCCAUCUGGGGACUCUUGAUCAUCUUGUCAGUAUCAUCGUCUUGGGUUGGAACCACACAGAUUGUAAAAAUUACUUAUAAGAACUUCUAUUGCCCAUUUUUCAUGACUUGGUUUUCAACAAACUGGAACAUUAUGUUUUUCCCAGUCUAUUAUUCUGGUCAUUUGGCCACUGCUCAAGAAAAGCAGUCUCCAAUGAAAAAAUUCAGGGAAUGCAGUCGGAUUUUUGGUGAAGAUGGUCUGACAUUGAAGCUCUUUCUUAAAAGAACUGCCCCGUUUUCUAUCCUAUGGACUUUGACUAAUUAUCUUUAUUUGCUGGCUUUAAAGAAACUGACAGCCACGGAUGUCUCUGCUCUGUUCUGUUGUAACAAAGCGUUUGUCUUCCUGCUGUCGUGGAUUGUGUUGAAAGACAGGUUCAUGGGAGUGAGGGUAAUGGCACACUUGAUUCAAAAUGCGCGAUGUCUCCCUUAAUCAUAAAUCUUUGGCAUCAUGAGAGCUGCUUUGUCUUAUGGAGUUUCUGUAAAACUUUUUCUACUGGUUCUGAGUACAAAUUGAAAUUGGAAGAUGCACUAGGAAGCCCAGACAGUUACGACAUCAUGAAAGGAUAAAGAGAUUGUUUCUGCUGAUAGUUGCUGCAAUAAUGGCUAUUACCGGCAUCGUCAUGAUGGCGUAUGCAGAUAAUUUCCACGCUGAUUCCAUCAUAGGAGUAGCAUUUGCAGUGGGCUCAGCCUCUACAUCUGCAUUAUAUAAGGUUUUGUUUAAGAUGUUUCUGGGAAGUGCCAACUUUGGGGAAGCUGCACACUUUGUCUCCACCUUGGGCUUCUUCAAUUUGAUCUUCAUCUCCUUCACCCCGGUCAUCUUGUAUUUCACCAAGGUGGAGCACUGGUCCUCUUUUGCAGCUCUGCCAUGGGGCUGCCUCUGUGGGAUGGCAGGGCUGUGGCUGGCCUUCAACAUCCUGGUGAAUGUCGGGGUGGUGCUGACAUACCCAAUCCUGAUCUCCAUUGGAACAGUGCUCAGUGUUCCUGGAAAUGCAGCUGUGGAUCUUCUAAAGCAGGAGGUGAUAUUCAAUGUUGUGCGCCUAGCUGCCACCAUCAUUAUCUGCAUUGGAUUUCUGCUGAUGCUGUUGCCUGAAGAGUGGGAUGAAAUUACCUUGAGAUUUAUCAACAGCCUGAAGGAAAAGAAGAGUGAGGAGCAUGCGGAUGAAAUGACUGACCCCAGUGUACACCUGCGAGGCAGAAGCAGAGCCAAUGGGACAGUGUCUAUACCACUGGCUUAGAGAGGGACACAUUUUGAAUGCACGUGGAUGUAUAUUCUGUGAAUAUAACAAAAUUUUCUCACUACCUGUACUCUCAAACGACAGUAUUAACUCUGAAUUUGGAUAAAUUGUAUGUGAAAUAAUGCCAACAAUAAAAGUUUACAUUUAUAUGCUUACCAAGGAAUUGGUGUAAAUAAUUAUAAUAAAUUUUUUUAUUAAAACAUGUUUGUCCUU